AUGCCCGGACUGGUGCCCAUGCGAAGGCCGCGUGAUGACGAAGACGACGAGAGUGAUAUCGACGGCUCGACGCCUUCAUCUGAUAAGCGCCCACGCUUGAACGGCCAUGCUUCACAGGCUCCUCUACUGCCGCGCAGCUACGAGAAUGACCAGAACGAUGCGGCACCNCUCACUCAUUCGCCUGGCUCUAUUGUCAGGGUCGCCAUGAAGGACUUUGUUACAUACACUAUGGCUGAAUUCCUUCCUGGUCCCAGCUUGAACAUGAUUAUCGGUCCCAACGGCACUGGAAAGAGUACUCUGGUCUGCGCUAUCUGCCUGGGUCUCGGAGCCAAACCUGACGUUCUUGGUCGAGCAAAGGAUCCCUCCGAGUUCGUCAAGCAUGGCCAGAAAGAGGCUGAGAUUGAGAUUGAACUCGAACGCGAUCCUGCUCGUCACCGCACCAACCCCGUCAUCAAGCGUAUUAUCAAAAGAGACUCGAACAACAAGACCUUCUUCAUGAUCGAUGGCAGGAACAGCACCCAGAAGGCCGUUGCCGAACUCUGCCGAUCGUUCUCCAUCCAGGUCGACAAUCUGUGUCAGUUCCUUCCACAAGACCGUGUCGUUGAGUUCGCUGCCCUGGAUCCUAUCGAACUUCUUGUUCAGACCCAGAGAGCCGCUGCGCCCGACUACAUGAGUGACUGGCAUGAUCAGCUCAAAAACAUGCGCAACGAUCAACGAAAGCAUCAGGCCGAACAAGGCCAACAGACCGAGAACUUGAAGAACCUCGAGGGCCGACAGAACAUGCAGCGUGGUGAUGUUGAGCGCCUGCGUGAGCGUGCCGAACAACAAGAAAAGCUUGCUGCUCUGGAACGUCUACGACCUUUCCCCGCUUACAACGUCGCAAGGGACAACUACCAUGGAGCCAAGGAACGCUGGAAGGAAGCCAACAAUGACCUUGCAGCACUGCGGCGUGAGUGUGAGCCUGCUUUGGCUGCUGUCAAUUCAAAGGAUGCCUAUGUCAAGGCUAUUGACGCUGUUGUUAAGCGCCGCCAACGUCUUGUCACACGUGCACAAGGCGAUAUCAGACAAAAAGUCAAGAAGCAACACACGGCGUCAGAGCAGCACAAGGCUUGUGACCAAGAGCUUGAUGCUGAGAAGAAGAAUGUCAAGACGCACAAGCAAGAGCGCCUUCGCAUUGACGCCCAGAUCAAGAGUCUGGAACGUCAAGUCGAGAACGAACCACCAACGAUUGAUGUCGCCGCGCUCAACGAAAAGAUCAGGGACAUUUCACGCCAACAACGUGAAAAGACCGAUGCUGCAAGAGACGAGAACGCCAAGCAAGACGAUAAGGCUAAUAUAUGUAACUCACUUGAUCAACGUAUCGUUGCGGCAGAAACGAGCCUGAGACAGCUUCGAUCCAAAGCUGGACAACAAGUCAACAAACUCAACAAUGCUUCUCCGGAUACUGCCAAGGCCUGGGACUGGAUUCAGAAGAACAGACAGAAAUUUACCGGCAAAGUAUUCGGUCCAGCAAUUCUCGAAUGUUCUGUCAAGGAUACAAGGUUUGCUAAUCUCAUCGAAUCAGUGCUUGGUCAGGCAGACAUGGUCUGUAUAACAAUGACCCAUAAAGAAGAUUUCAAUCUGCUCCAGCGCGAACUUCUGAAUAACCAAAGAUUAUCUGAUAUCAACUUGAGAAUGCUGGAUACGCCCCUGAGCUAUUGGGAAAAACCUUACUCUGACAACGAGCUACGACAGCUUGGCUUGAACACCUACAUCCUGGAUCUUCUCGAAGGACCGGAAGAGAUCCUCAGCAUGCUUUGUGACAACAGAAACAUCCACAUGUAUGGCGUUGCAUUUCAAGAGUUGAGCUCUCAACAAUUCGACGGAAUGAUGUCAAGUAAGAUUUCGAGCUGGGCGACGCCCACCGAGACUUACAACGUCACAAGGAGAAGAGAGUACGGCGAUGCUGGUACGUCGACGCGCACAGCGCGCAUCAAGACGGCCCGCUUCUUCACUUCCCAGCCUGUGGAUACACAUGCCGAACAAGAGUACAAGAACACAAUUGCCGAACUCAAGGAUGAACGGCAGGAAGUUCAAAGACAAGCUGAAGCACAUAAGGCUACGAGUGUUCGCUAUGGUCGUGAGCAUCAAGAACUUGUCGCACAGAAAAAGGAUCUUGAAGCCGAGAAGAAGCAAGCGCAGGACGCCCGAUCCGAAUGGCAGAAAUUGCCGGUCAGGAUUGCUGGGUUUGUAUCGAAACGUGAUGCUUUGGAUGAGCGCCAAGCAAGCUACCGAGUUCGGGUGCAACAGAUUAAAGACAAGCAAGACAAGCUUGCUCUGGAUCGAGCUCAGGAUGCUUUAACUCUCGUCUCGUCUGUCCAGAGCUUGCAGAAGCUGGAGAUGGAUCUCCUUCAAGCAAGUCUUGCGAUGAUCGAAGCCGAAUCCGACUUCCAGAUACUCAAGGCGCACAACGAGGAAGUGCGACAAAACCUCGAACAGAGAGAACGCGACGUUGGGGUUUUGAUGACCGAGAGGGACAACUUGAAGAAAAUCGCCGCAGCUGGACUCAAGGCAUGCAACGACCUGCUACAGGACCUCUCGGACAAGGAAAUGGAGAUCUACACUGAAUUCAACAAGAUGAACCUGGACGAAUACGAAGCUGAGAUCGACAGUACCAAGGCGCGACUUGAGAUGGUGCACGGAGGUAACCCUCAGAUCCUUCGCGAGUACGAAAAGCGUGCUGGCGAUAUUGAGAGGUCUAAGCGUAAACUCGAACUCAUCGAGAACGAGCUGAUUGAGUUGCAACAAAACAUCAACGAGGUUCGACAAAAAUGGGAACCCGAGCUCGACCAACUCAUCGGUCAGAUCAGUGAUGCUUUCAGCGAGAACUUUGCAAAGAUCAAUUGCGCUGGUCAAGUUGAGGUCUACAAAGAGGAUGAUGAUUUCAACAGAUGGGCUAUUCAGAUUCAGGUNGAAGUUCAGAACGAACAACUGUCCGUCCUCGACUCCCAUCGUCAAUCUGGUGGCGAACGCGCCGUGUCGACAAUCUUCUAUCUCAUGGCCCUACAAAGUUUGGCCCGAGCACCCUUCCGUGUUGUUGACGAAAUCAACCAAGGAAUGGAUCCACGCAAUGAGCGCAUGGUUCAUUCACGCAUGGUCGACAUUGCUUGCGCAGAACACACCUCGCAGUACUUCCUCAUUACGCCAAAGUUGCUGCCAAACUUGACGUACCACCCAAACAUGAAGGUACACUGUAUCGCAAGUGGAGAGUACAUGCCCGAAGACCAAGGCAAGUUGGACUUUGGAGCACUAGCCCAGAAGGCUUUGGCGGUCUAUGGUGGGCUUUGA